GCCAGCCACCCACAUACAGCAACGUACGCUUACGAAGCUAAAAUGAUUCCCUAGUUACCAGCACCAUAUAAUACAGCCCUACAUCUCCAUACGAUAAAAAAUGUGGGACUCCUCGCCAUCAUACCUGCCAAAUACCGAUGCGGUAAACCUUAUUGGGAGGAAUAGCAGCAUGCCUACUCCUCUGCCAUGCAAAGGCAGGGUCAUUUUAUAGGGGGGAAUGAUAUAGGGGUCUGGCCUAUACCCAAGGAAAUUAUCCACAUGUUAUUGGGCGUACACUCUUCUCCUAGCUCUCACUCUUUCUUUUUUAUAUUCGAGACAUGCCAUGGUUUGCGAAUAUUCGCCCUCCUCAGACUCUGAAAUGCAACCGAACACCAUUGUGGGUUCGAUGUCCCGAUUACAAAAAAUCUUGACAGAACAACUGCCUAAAUGGAGCAGUUCUAACAACGACUUCAAGGAGACCGAGCUGGCAGAGCGACCUCCCACACCCAUUGAUUGGGAGAGUAAUAUUCUUGAAGGACUCGAUGUAUUGACUGUUCCUCAGUGGACUGACCAAAUUAAAGUGACUUCAAGUGGCUAUGCGGCUAUAACCGAAUCAGCUGUCAGAAAAGACGAAAAUGCUGUUUUCAAAUCCGUUCGCUUGAGUGGUGGUGAAUCCUUUGAUUAUCACUACGAGCCGGUGUCAAGACAUGAACGUAAAAUGUUGCACCAAAUACAAUCUGAUUUACUGGUCAAAGAAGAACUGGUCAGCCAUAUUGAGCGGUCACAAGCCGAGUUUAUUGCCAUGAAGAAUGAUUAUGAGGAGAGACUGCAUACACUGCAAGAUCAAAUAGCCGAAUUGCAACAGGAACGACGGUUAGGAGCCCCCUCUCCUGACCGGCGAAUUCGAAGGCAAAGUUUACAGCAGCCCAACGUGCCAACCAUCAUGCCAGUAAGCGCCACCAUGCGUGAGGUAGAAUUGAAAAAGCUCGCAGCCGAAAUGGACGAACUUCGAAGAAAGUAUAAUCAAAGCUUAUCAACCACGCAGACUACCAAUGCUAAAAACGAAAAGCAGUGCAAAAACUAUAGAUUAACCAUUGAAUAUAUGAAGAUAGAAAAGAAGAAACUUCAACAUUGUAUUAAAGAACAAGGCGAGAAAAUCAAAAAACUGGAGCUUGACCAUAAUACCGAGAUGGCUAGAAUACAACUGGAACGAGACCAAUUAUUGGACAGCAAGACGAAACUAAGUAAAGAUCUACAAGCGGCCAAAGCUGCCUUGAAAAAAAAAUCCGACGACGCUAUGCAUGCUACUUGCCAAGUCAAACAAAUGACCCCCAUCCUCGACCGCGCGUUCCGGAAUGGAUUUGUGUGUGAAGAGUUGCCAGAAAGCCUAAAGUCCAAAUUCGGCCAACAUGCUUUUGCAAACAGCAAUGGCCCGUUGACGCCAAUGUAUUCAAAAUCAGACGUCUCGACAAAGACCAGAGCAAACAGAAAAAGGCAGAGUUUAGAGAGAAUGGUGCAUCAAUAUGUACAAGCCGAUCAACGAGCGUUAGAAUACAAGCAGUUACUGAUCAAGCGCAACAUGAUCUUUAUGGAGAGAUCAGAGCUGGCUUCAGAAGCUGAAAGCGUGAUGCACGCGUGUGGACAACUAGCCGACACCAAAACUAUUGAGUUAAACUUUCGGAUGGAGGAGUUGACCAAAUCGCUAGAGAUGAUCCAGGAUCGUAUUGACGGCUACCAGAAGCAAUUCAAGGACUGUACAUCAAAGUCUGGCCAAGAUGCUGUGGCUUCUUCCAAAGGUCGACAGUCUAGCCAACGAGGAGAUGCUGACUAUGACAUGUUACUGGAUCGACGAGGAGCAUAUGAUCGAGCUAUGAAUAUUGUACGGUCUGUAAAUGCGGAAGAAGGAAAGGUGUUGGGAGAGACUCUGCUCAAGGAAAUCUUAAUCCUAAAGUGCCGCGAGUCGUCAAGGGACAUGGGAACCUUACAGAUGGACUAUACCAUUCAAAACCUUCGCAAGGUCUUGCAAAGUAUGAAACAAUCGUCAGAAGCAAGCCGUGAGCUGGAAGAUAAUCGUCACCGAAAUCGAGAGUCACUUGGAGGCAAUUCAAUGUUUGAAUCAACCAAAGAAAUAGCCAGUCUAAAUGACCAAGCAUCGUCGUUUGGCAUGGAUCUUCAAGACCAGUCCACUUUACUGGACAUGAUCAAUCUGGACUUAAAGAAUAAACCCUCAGGCAUCAACACCUAUGCAUGCACGCAAGCUCCGCUACAUCCAUUGGAUCAAAGUUUAGAGACUAAAAAUCAAGAGUCUGCGAAACCACGGCCAUGGUCCCGUUCCGUCAUAGCCAAACGAUCAUCACUCAGAUCGUCGGUGAAAAACAGCGUUAUUCCCGACAGAUGGACUAGACCGUUCACCAGUUCUUCUACGUCACGUACCAUGGACCACAAUGCAGGUCAUCGGCGUUGGACCUUACAAACGUCCUAUUGCGCUUCACAAAACUUUACCAGGAAUGGCGAAACUAGCACUAUCUUUGAUCGAUUGGCCAGUCGGCACACUGUGGAUUGCUGAGUCCAUUUUUCGUUUGCGCUUAGACUAAAAUCCUAACGGUAGUCUAAUUUGUAUACUGAAACAAAGCUUUUCAGCUUCAACAAAAAAUGGGUACAAGCAAAGCCAUGAUACACACAACCUAGUGAAGUGAAAUGUUUUAUCUUUGUUCAUAACUGAAGCCGUCUAAUAUUGACGCUUUGCCAAGAGCUGAUGUAAAUCAUCUAACAUGUAAAUAAGCUAUACAAUUUUUGAAAUAUAUUAAAUACUUAAAAUGUGGCAUGCGCAGGCA